UUGAAAUAUAGUGGGUGAGAGUGUAGCAUUCUAGUAAGAAUAGGAUUUAGGACAAAAAAUUGAAAGCAGUAGACAUGGGAGUUUGAGUAUCGAGUGCACGCCGGAUUAUAUUUCCGAUCAUUUUCAUGAAAAUAACCAUCGACUUGCUAUAGCUGCUAACUUUUUCAACGGUUGAGAUUGUCCACUUCUUCAAACAGUUUAUAAACAAACUUCUUCUCUUCCGUGAGCAGAGGUUACAGAGAAUCUCUUUCAUACUCCCCCAACCCCCACACCUCCACUCUAUCUCUAGUCUCUACAUUAGGGUUUACUUCGUUAAGGUACGCUACCGUUUUCAUUUUUUUUGUGUUCAAAAUGCAAUAGUUUUCUGUUGAAUGUAAAAUGAUAUUUUCUUGGAUUUUCUUGAAACAAGUAGAACUAAGCUUAUGCACAAUUAAAAGUCGAAUCUUUUUGAUGUACACAUGUUUUCUUUUUCUUUUAGGUUAGGAAUCAUCACUACUUUGUUUUUUUUCAAGGCACUCUUUCUCAUUUCAAGAUAUACUUUCCAAUUUCCAUUAAAUACUGAAGAUAUUGAACUUUGUUGAAAAAGCUAUUGCACAAUUAAAACUCCAAUCUUUUUUAUUUUAAAAUAUAGCUGUUAUCAUGGAUUUGGCGGGUAGAAAAAAUUUGUUCAAGGACUUUGAUGUUUUUCGUCUUCUAUUUUGUGGCUUCAAGAGUAUAAUUUGAACUAUAUUUUGGUAGUUGACUAGUGUUUGAUAGUGUUUCUAGUUAACUGGAUUGAAAUCGAAAUGGAACCAAUUUGUCGUGAAUUUUCAUAUUCUUCAAAUGGAUUUCAAUUGAAAAAUCAGUCCAUUGGCGAGUCGUCCAACCAAAUACUAGCCAAUGGACCUAGAUUUGAGAUUACUUCUCCAGAUCAGAAGCUAGUCAAUGAACAAAGGUUUCAGAAUAACUUACCAGCACAAAAAUUUGAACGUUUUCAAAUGAUUGGAAAUGAGCCUUUUACGAGUAGUGAAGUCUCGUGUUCUAGUUUGGGCAUUGAGAACGAAUAUGAAGAAGACUGUGAUUUCUCAGACGCUGUUUUAAGAUGCAUAGAUCAGAUGCUUAUGGAAGAAGAUAUGGAGGAAAAGACACAUAUGCUUCAAGAGUCUUUAGAUCUUCAAGCAAAAGAGAAGUCAUUCUACGAGGUUCUUGGCAAGAAGUAUCCCCCUUCACCGGUACAAAACCGGACUUUAAUUAGUCCAUGUGGUGAGAGCCCAGAUGAUUACGUUCCAGGACAUCACCAUCAUAAUUGUUUAAGUUGCAAUGGUUAUGGAAGUGGUUACCUAAUCGAUGUAAUUGGUCCGAGGUGGAUAAACAAUUGUAUUGAUUGUAAUGCAUGUCAUGCUCAGUUAUACACAGCAUAUAGUGGUUCCAAUUCAUCAAUUAGAUGGUCGAAUAGCUUAAACAAUAUUGUCGACGGGUUCUCAGACUCUUCUCUAAGUCCUCUUCAGGUAUCUAAUAUGUAUAAUGAGAGUCAAUGUGUGUGGGAUUUCAAGAAGGGGACUGAAAAUGUUAGCAAAUUCCUUCCAAGUGGGAAUAGUGUGUGGGUUAAUACAGACAUUAAUGGUUUGUUAACUCGGAAGCCAAAUGGAGAAUAUGAUGGGGGAGUAGUUACAGUGGAGAAGAAAGAUGGGGACGCACAAUCUCUGUCUGAGUCGAGGGGGAGGAAGAAUCCACAUAGUGGAGAAAUGGAUUUAGAAGAAGAAAGAUGUAACAAGCAGGCAGCAAUCUAUACAGAAUCUACUAUUCGAUCGGAUGAAUUCGAUAUUGUCUUGCUUCAUAGUAUGGGGGACGGUGAGGUUAGAUUGGCAGCUUACAAGACGGAGUUGCGAAAUGCUAUGAAUAAGUGUGUGCAGCAGAAUGGACAAAUGAAAAGAUCUAGUGGAGUGAAGGGCCGUGGCAAAAAACAGAAUAGGAAAAAGGAAGUUGUGGAUUUGAGAACCCUCUUAAUUAAUUGUGCUCAGGCUGUUGCUGCUGAUGAUCGUCGGAGUGCUAAUGAACUGCUGAAACAGAUCAGGCAGCACUCAUCUCCUUUCGGGGAUGGAAAUCAGAGAUUGGCUCACUGCUUUGCCGAUGGCCUUGAAGCGCGCUUGGCUGGCACUGGUAGCCAGAUCCAUAAGGCCCUUGUCAACAAAAGAAUAACUGCGGCUGAUUAUUUGAAAGCUUACCAUUUAUAUAUUGCGUCGUCUCCAUUCAAGAGGAUUUCCAAUUUUACCUCGAACAAGACAAUUAUGAUGAAAGCGCAAAAUGCAAUGAGAGUUCACGUUAUAGAUUUUGGCAUCCUCUAUGGUUUUCAGUGGCCCACGUUUAUGCAACGGAUGGCUAGAAGACAUGCACCAGCACCUCCAAGAGUUCGGAUCACCGGCAUCGAAUUUCCCCAACCUGGGUUCCGUCCCACAGAAAGAAUAGAGGAGACUGGUCGUCGAUUGGCAGAUUAUGCAAAGACUUUCAAUGUACCAUUUGAGUACAAUGCCAUUGCAAAGAAGUGGGAAACCAUCAAAAUUGAGGAACUUAAGAUUGAGAAAGAUGAGUUUCUUGUUGUCAACUGUUUGUAUAGGACGAAGAACUUAUUUGAUGAGACUGUGAUGGCAGAGAGUUCAAGAACUGCUGUUCUGAACUUGAUUAGGAAGAUUAAUCCGGACAUCUUCAUUCACGGGAUUGUCAAUGGGGCCUACGGUGCGCCAUUCUUUGUCACUAGGUUCCGGGAGGCCUUGUUUCACUUCUCAGCGCUAUUCGAUAUGCUUGAAACUAAUGUACCUCGUGAGAAAACAGAGAGAAUGUUAAUCGAGACAGAAAUCUUUGGCCGGGAAGCAUUGAAUGUCAUAGCUUGUGAGGGUUGGGAGAGAGUUGAAAGGCCAGAGACGUACAAGCAAUGGCAAGUCCGUAACUUGAAUGCAGGCUUCUUGCAAGUCCCUUUUGAAAGGGAUGUUAUGAAUAAGGCAAUACAUAAGGUAAGAUCAAGCUAUCACAAAGACUAUAUUAUUGCUGAAGACAGUCAGUGGAUGUUGCUGGGAUGGAAAGGGCGGAUAAUCUAUGCCCUUUCUUGUUGGAAACCUGUUUAAGAAACUAACAUGUCUGCUGGGCAGUACCUGAUAUUAUUUAAUAGAAUUAAGGAACAAAAAUUAGUUAAAAUUUUUAUAUAUUGUAAUGUUGAGUACUGUACC